AGUAACAGGCACGGGAAGCCAGCGGAUUCGUGUGCUCGCUCGCCCGCCUACUGCACUGUGGGGGUUUUGUUUUGUUUUUCUGCUGACUGAAAGAGGAAGAACACUUUCAGUUUCAGUAUUAAUCACAAGUUGUUUAGCGAGUCAGACAUACAGGAGCACAGUAAGCGCUUUCCAAACCCGCCCGUGUUGUGUCCUGAUGUGAGGAGCGGCGAGACAGGCUCGCUUUUCUAAAGGGAAAUGAAGAUGAGAUUCCUGGGGAGGACCUGUCUCAUUGUCUUGAGUUUGCUACCAGCUGUUUCUACACAAGGCAGCACUGUUGUUGGCUUUGAUCAGCCAAUCAUUGCCUCUCCUGGAGAAGAUGUCACCCUGCCCUGUCACAUCACCCCCCGUCUUAGUGCUGUGGACAUGGUAGUGAGGUGGUACAGAGAGAGCUUCAUUAACCUAGUUCAUUUAUAUGAAGAUCGAAGGGAUCGCACAGAUGAUCAGGACAGUGACUAUCGGGGCCGCACUGCUCUCUCUAGAUUGGAGCUGCAGGAAGGCAUUCUCUCUCUGAACCUGAGAAACCUCCGUCCCUCUGAUAGUGGGGUCUAUUCCUGCUAUGCCACUGAUGGUGUCUGGGGUGGACAAGGAAAGACUGAACUGAUAGUCAGAGCUCUGGGGACCCAGCCCUCAAUCUCUAUGGACUCUACACAAGGAGAGCAGACCCGGCUGGUGUGCAGAUCAGAGGGGUGGAGCCCUGAACCUGAAGUCAUCUGGAGAGACAGGGAUGGAAACGAUGUGACAUCACUGUCCAACAUAACACUGCUGAGAGUCAGUCAGGGGCUCUGCAGUGUCAGCAGCUACAUCAAAAUCAAACAGCAGUCCAACGUGUUCUCCUGUUUGGUUAGAAGUAAAACACCCAAACCAGACUGGGAAUCCAAACUCCACAUAUCCAGUGAUUUUUUCCCAGGAGUCUCUGGAUGGAUGGUGGCUUUCUUCUUGACUUUAGCUCUCAGUAUGGGAGCCAUUCCUCUGCUGGUGAUCCAAUGGAGAAGAAUGGAUGCCAUGGAGAGACAGCUUGAGCCUAUGGCCGCUCAGCGCCUUCGUGAGGAACUUGAGUCUAUGAGGCACAUCCUUAAAUCAGAAUGGAAGUGGAUCCUCAGCUCAGCAGUUGACAGUUUGACUCUGGACCUUGAUACAGCACACCCCCGGCUCACCCUGCCUGUGGAUGAGAAACAAGUGAGAAGGAAAAGGCAGGAUUAUAACAAUCCUCAGAGAUUUGAUUACAGGCGCUGUGUGCUGGGCAAGGAGGGCUUCACCUCAGGGAGACACUACUGGGAGCUGGGGGUGGGAAAGAAUACAUUCUGGAGAUUAGGAGUCAGCAGAGAGUCUGCCCCGAGGAAGGAGGAGUUCAGUAUGUCCCCCCAGCAGGGUUACUGGACUCUGGGGUGGGAUGGAGAUGAAGAUAAAGAUGAGUUCAUUGCUCUCACUGAACCCCGGACCCCCCUCCCCCUGAGCCUGAAGCCCCAGAAGCUGGGGUUGUGUCUGGAUUAUGAGGAAGGGCAGCUCUCCUUUUACAAUGUGGAGACCAGAUCUCAGAUCUACACAUUCACUGACAUGGAGUUCAAUCCCAAUGAGAAACUCCAUCCAUUCUUCUGGACUUGGGACGAGAAAACAGACCUUGUGCUGGUGUCCCCGGGGAAGAUGAAUGACAGCUCUUUCUUUCUGCUAGUCUGGAAAUGGAUUCUUGCUGCAUCAGUUGAUGUAACUCUGGACCCUGAUACAGCACACCCCGAGCUCAUCCUGUCUGCGGAGGGGAAACAAGUGCGAUGGGGAGUGACACGGAAGGAUCUUCCUGACAAUCCUCAGAGAUUUGAUUACAGGCACUGUGUGCUGGGCAGGGAGGGCUUCAUCUCGGGGAGACACUACUGGCAGGUGCAGGUGGGGGGGAAUACACGGUGGAGAUUAGGAGCCAGCAGAGAGUCUGCCAAGAAGGAGGGGGAGUUCAGCAUGACCCCCCAGCAGGGUUACUGGACUGUGGAGUGGUGGUGGAGUAGAGAUGUGUUCACUGCUCUCACUGACCCCCAGACCAUCCUCCCCCUGAGCCUGAAGCCCCAGAAGCUGGGGGUGUAUCUGGAUUAUGAGGAAGGGCAGCUCUCCUUUUACAAUUUAGAGACCAGAUCUCACAUCUACACUUUCACUGACAUGGAGUUCAAUCCCAGUGAGAAACUCUAUCCACUCUUCUAUACUUCCAGUUAUACAGACCUUGUGCUCGAGUCCCCUGACCCGGACCCUGUCAGCGAUGGAGAUUAAACACACAUUGCUGUCUGAACCAGGAAACUAUUCAAACAAUCUCCUCUUCACUUUCACUGACACUCUCUCUGCACUCUUCUGGGCUGAUGAGAAGAAAUCCUCUCUCUUCCACCCUCUUACCCUGAGCCCCUCCUCUUUAUCUCUCUACACCCCCUUUCCUACUCUCCCUUCCUGUCUGCCUCUCUCUUCCCCUCCACCUCUCCAGUUACCUCUCCUCUCUCAUCUCCCCCUCUCCCCUCUCUGUCCCCAAUGGCUCUCCUUUCCUCCUCUCCUCUCCCCUCUCUCUUUCUCUUCUCUACUCUCUCCUCUCUCCUUCUCUCUGAUAUGUUAAUCCUCUCCCUUUCCCACUCCCUCUCCUCUGUCCUCUCUACUCUCCCUCACCACCCUGCCAACUCUACUCUUCUUCUCUCCUCUCCUCCCUGUCCCACUCUCCCUCUCUCCUGCCCUCUCUCCUCCCCUCUCUACUCUCCCACUCUCCUCCCUGCCCUCUACUCUCCCUGUCUCCACCAUGCCUGCUCUACUUAUCUCCCUCCCUCUCCUCCCUCCUCUCCUCCCUGCACUCUCUCCUCUCCAUCUCUCCUCAAUGCCCCCUCUGUGUGGUCCAGUGGUUAAAGAAAAGGGCUUAUACCCAGGAGGUCCCUGGUUCAAAUCCCACCUCAGCCACUGACUCAUUGUGUGACCCUGAGCAAGUCACUUAACCUCCUUGUGCUCCGUCUUUCAGGUGAGAUGUAGUUGUAAGUGACUCUGCAGCUAAUGCAUAGUUCACACACCCUAGUCUCUGUAAGUUGCCUUGGAUAAAGGCGUCUGCUAAAAAUAAACAAACAAAUACUGUGAUAUUUUGUAACAACUGUAAGUCUGCUAAUAAAUAAAUAAUAAGACUUUCUAGACAAUAGAUGAAUGCAUUAUUUUCCAUGUAAUCAAUAUUUACACUGAAGCUGAGAUGCUCCCUGAAUAUUAUUCAUUGCUAAACUUAGUGAACUGAUUUCUGCUAUUUUGAUAUGAAUCUUCUGUUCUGUUUUUGUAGUGCAUCUAUUUUCUAUCUUUCUUGAUAAAAUGUAUAAAAGAUAUAAA